AUGGCUAUGGUGUGUCUUUCAGACUUUGAAGAUUAUGCUAAAAAGUAUCUACCCAAGAUUGCUUGGGAUUUUUUUUCAGCUGGAGCAGAUGACUGUAUCACUCGAGAUGAAAACAUCCUGGCAUAUAAAAGAUUUCGUCUCCGGCCACGUAUACUGCGGGAUGUAUCAGUGAUGGACAUUAGGACUAAGCUCCUAGGGACUGAAAUCAGCUUCCCUGUAGGAAUUGCCCCUACUGGCUUCCACCAGCUAGCAUGGCCUGACGGAGAGAAAAGCACAGCCAGAGCCGCCAAGGCGAUGAAGACCUGUUACAUUGCCAGCACAUACUCCACCUGCACGCUGGAGGACAUCUCUGCGGCCGCCCCCGGCAGCCUCCAGUGGUUCCAGCUCUACAUCCACCGCAACAGGGUGGUUUCCCAGCAACUGGUCCAACGGGCGGAGGCCUUGGGCUUCCAGGGCCUCGUCCUAACCGCGGAUCUGCCCUACACGGGCAAAAGACGCGAUGAUGUCCGCAAUGGUUUCCACCUACCACCCCACAUGAAACUGAAGAACUUGGAAGAAGCCUUUGAGGGAGAUGACCGUUCCGAGUACGGACUACCACCCAACAGCUUGGAUCCUUCGGUCACCUGGAACGAUAUCUACUGGCUGCGGAGCCUGACCCACCUGCCCAUCAUCAUCAAAGGCAUACUGACGAAAGAAGAUGCGGAGCUGGCAGUAAGACACGGGGUUCAGGGAAUUAUUGUGUCCAAUCACGGUGGAAGGCAACUGGAUGGAGUGCCUGCCACUAUCGAUGCACUGGUUGAGGUUGUGGAGGCAGUACAAGGCAGAGUCGAAGUUUAUUUAGAUGGCGGUAUACGGAAAGGAAGUGACGUAUUAAAAGCCCUGGCACUGGGAGCAAAAUGCGUCUUCAUCGGAAGACCAGCUUUGUGGGGUCUGGCUUACAAGGGCGAAGAAGGUCUUCGAGGCGUCUUGAGAAUUCUGCAGGAUGAGUUUCGCCUGUCGAUGGCGUUAGCUGGCUGUGCCAGCGUCUCGGAGAUUGGCCGACACCUAGUUCAGUUCUCAAAGCUGUGAACAGCCUCCUGCAAUGCCCACCGGA